UUCUAUAAAGUCAAUGCAGCAGCCAGCGAGUUGUUAUCCAGUUCUUAGACUACAUUAAGAUGGUGAGUACCCACGUACCAACAACCUCUGAAAGCACAGUGCUUGAACUUUGAAGAACAUAAAUAAUGCGUACGCACACAUUUUCAUCAUAGAUCUAUAUAUUUGAAGUAUACCCACAAUCGUAUCAUAGUUGAGAGUCAUGGCUGGAUCAAGAGAUGUCCAGGAAGCCAGCUUUAGACACCAUGUUGUGACAGAGCAACAAUCAGAAAUGGAGGAGGGGAAUGGAGGAGACCAAGUUAUAAGAGAGGUUGUGUCAAUUCCUCAGACUCCAAGGGGAGGUGGCACACCCAGUGGCACAAGGUCUCCUUAUCACAGCAAUCAGAUGUCUAAUGCACAUUCACAUGCAAUAACACCUACUGGAACAAGGCCUCCUUCUGGUCUUGCAUCUCCUUCCAUGUCAAGGUCUCCCCUUUUGAAGACACCCAAAACUCCCAGGACUCCCAGGACUCCCAAGACUCCAAGGACUCCAUGGACCCCUUCUCUCAGCCCAAUUGGGGCUCCCAUGAAGAGGGUGCUGGUCAACAUGAAGACUUACUUAGAGGAUGUCGGGCAUCUUACAAAGUUGAAUCCUCAAGAUGCUUGGCUACCCAUUACAGAAUCCAGAAAUGGAAAUGCCUAUUAUUCGGCCUUUCAUAAUCUCAAUGCAGGGAUUGGAUUCCAGGCCUUGGUGCUGCCUGUCUCCUUCACAGUUCUUGGAUGGACAUGGGGAAUUAUUUCUCUAGUUGUUGCUUAUAUCUGGCAACUAUACACACUGUGGCUUCUUGUAAGAUUGCAUGAAUCUGUACCUGGAAAACGCUACAAUCGAUAUGGGGAACUUGCUAAAGCUGCUUUUGGUGAGAAAUUGGGUGGCUGGCUCUCCACUUUUCCAAUCCUGUAUCUAUCAGGUGGCACUGCAAUGGGACUGAUCAUUGUUGCUGGGGGCUCACUGAAAUUGUUUUUCCAAAUUGUUUGUGGCCCAACUUGUGAAUCCAAUCCAUUAUCUUCAGUUGAGUGGUAUUUGGUGUUUACCUGCCUUGCUGUGGUUGUUUCACAGCUUCCCAAUCUCAACUCCAUUGCAUGGUUUUCUUUGAUUGGAGCAGCAACUUCGGUCACAUACUGCACAAUGAUUUGGGUUUUGUCAGUAAGCCAGCCUAGGCCUCCAAACGUAUCUUAUGAUCCUGUCAGGGCUAAAUCUGAUGUUGCAUCAGCUUUCACAAUCUUGAAUGCUUUGGGUGCCAUAACUUUUGCCUUCAGAGGCCACAAUCUUGCUCUUGAGAUUCAGGCAACAAUGCCAUCAAGUCUUAAGCAUCCAGCCCAUGUACCGAUGUGGAGAGGAGCUAAGGUUGCUUAUACACUGAUUGCCUUCUGCUUGUUCCCUAUUGCAAUAGGAGGAUAUUGGGCCUAUGGAAACCUUAUACCACAAGGAGGAAUUUUGAAUGCUUUAUAUGGAUUUCAUAAUCAGGAUAUCUCAAGGGGACUUUUGGGCCUAACAUUUCUUCUAGUUGUUAUCAAUUGCCUAACCAGCUUCCCAAUUUAUGCUAUGCCAAUUUUUGAUGAUUUUGAAGCUUCAUACAUCGGCUGGGCCAACAAGCCAUGCCCCUUGUGGGUUCGAAGUGGAUUCCGGAUGGUUUUCACAUUCAUGGGAUUCUUUUUUGGGGUUGCAUUUCCUUUCCUCAAUAGCUUAGCUGGUUUGCUUGGAGGGAUCACAUUGACGGUGACCUUUGCAUACCCUUGUUUGAUGUGGAUUAUGAUAAAGAAGCCUGAGAAAUACAGCUCUAGCUGGUAUUUAAACUGGGGACUUGGUAUAUUUGGUGUCAUACUCAGCAUAGCAUUCUCAAUAGGAGGUGUUUGGAGCAUUGUUGACAGUGGCUUAAAGCUCCAUUUUUUCAAGCCAAGUUAGCUAUCAAGAGGGUUCCAUCUCCAAUUCAUUGGAACACCAAUUGCAAAAUCUAACAUCAUAUCAUGCUGUGGUUUACUUUUGACUUGUAAUUCUUGGUGUUACAGUCCAUAGGAUGUCGCAUCACUGUGCAUAAAUUAUAUGCACUUCAAUGCCCGUUCAUGCAGGUAGUGGGCACCAUCUAGGCAAGAUGUAAUUGGUCCAAAGCGGUGCCACUCUGGAAGUAUAUUUUGAUAUGGUAGAAUCCUUACUCUCUUUGGUAUAAACAGUGACUCCAUGAUUCUUCAUGUCAAGCAGAUUUAUUCAGCUUUGUGGUCAAUUUACUUACAUGUUGAUAUCUUUCCGUGUAUGGGGUUUCCAAUCUUUGAUGUUCUUGUUGCCAACUACAUGUCACCGAAGUAUUAUCCAUACAUACUAUUUGAAAUCUGUAAGGGUCUUCUAGCAAUCUGUUCUGUUUUGUAAAGAUCUACUUCUAUUUCCUAUGCAAAAUCAAAUUAGCAUGCUGUUAUAUCUGUAUUACAAAGCAGAAGAUUGUGAAUUCUGACCGUAAAUUUGGUACUGGAAGGAACGUGGAACUUCUCAUCUUCAUAAUAGUUGGAAGAAUCCUUCGAUUUGAGCAUGGAUAAGGACACUGGUUGAGAAAUAUUUGGGUACUUGUGUAAUCAGCAUCAUAUUUGCCUAUACAAUGUGUGCAAUAGUUGUAUCAGUUUUCUGUCUAGCCUAAAAGGCUCAAGAUUAUAUGUGCAGCCCUUGUUACAUUUUUGUUGUUUAAA